AUGACCUACUCUACACGUGAAAGAAGAAUUUGUGCGGAACUCAUCACGCGACACUACAAAGCAACUGCAGAUUUGGAUCAUUUCGACACUCCCAUGCUUCCGCAACGUUCUCGCAAGCGGGCGUUUGGGGACACGUUUGAGCGUGAAGCAACUGGCAAUGACUCGCGCCCGCUGGGUAAUUUAUCGUCCUUCCAGUCUUCCAAAGACGCUUCCAGUUUGAAGACUCCGGAUGUGAGCGCGCUAUCCAUCGGGAGCGCAGGCGCCGCGUCAGCAAGACCUGCCGCUGCAGCGCCCGGCAGCGCCUCACUGCCCCUCAGACGAGACCCGUCGCUGCGGCCCAUCCCUGAGGAAAAAGCUACGACUGAAAGCCCAUUCGUUGCUGGCCGCGACGAAGAUAUUCAAGUGGCGGCGAUGGAGGACGCUGGAGUCUCGCGGCCCGAUGGAGAUCGCUCGCCCGCCGUCCACUUUGCUCCUGGUCUUUAUGAAUCGCCUGCCAGAACCGUCGGAGAUCUGGAUCUUGCACACCAAGAUGUACGGACUGUAACGAUGGAGCUUGAGGACAGCCUGAUGCCGCCACCUGCGGACUUAUACUCAGUCGCUACAGAUGGCGUCCGGCAGCUCGUCAGACAUCGUCCUCGCUCCCCCGACGGAGGCCUGCAGCAACACGUAACCGAGGCAGAAGUUCACAUUCAGCCCUCAAAGAAGAGACCUUUGCCUGACAUUCUGCCCAGUGAGCUGGAAGACAUCGCCGAUCUGCCGGCUAAAAAGGCGCGGCCUGACGAAGACUUGCUCCCUGACAUGCCUGCUCCUCCCGGCCCACUGGCUUCUCCCGCUCUGCCCUCGCCACUCGUAACGCACCUGGAAACGGCGACGCCUUUGGCUGGUCUUGAACGAGAGGAUGAACCCAUGGAUGAGGCACGCGCUCAGUAUCCUACCUUCAUACCGGAGUCGAUGUCCCCGAUACCAAGAGUUGCCACGAGCCUCUCGCCUCCGGUGCCUACGAGCAUUCGAGCCGAGAUGUUGCUGCAGCAGCUGAAGGAUCAGCAUCAGGAAACUCAAGAAAGGGAUUCUGAGGCAUCGCGGGCAAUAUUGUUCUCGCAGCUUCUACCUCCAAGAGCAAGCAGACGUGUGGUGGCUACCAGGUUCAUGGCGUUACUGGAACUGCACAAGCAACAGAAAGUAUUUCUGUCGCAAGAGAAGUCGUAUGCGCCUGUCUAUGUGCGUGUGCUGACGGACAUCUGAAAGAAUACUUAGCUCUGCAGCAGCAUGACCGACGUCAGGGAUUUUGAGUUCAAAACAAUGGUCAUCAGUUUAAUGUCUUUUCAGCUAGAAAGUUCGUUGUGUGAUUUGACGCCGAUUUGUUGUUUUUUUUUCAAAUCGAAGUAACUAGUCAGUAUUUUUUCGCUUUGCUGUUUUUAUUUCAGUUUUCAAUCAACCAAGGAAUACGUGCAAUUUGAAUAAUACAUUAUGUGGUCUCAAAUCAUUACACAAAAUAAAAAAUUAAUUUACUGUUCAUCUAAAUAUAUAUCCAGAUUAAGCAGAAAAUUUAAACAGUAACGUAAGAUGCACAAAAGAUUUAAUAAUUAGCUUUUGCGUAUGAUAUGGUCACGGUUUUCACUUCAGUUCUUACACUUUGCAAAUAAUAAAGUUGAAGGUCGCAAUAAGCUAAUGAUUGCACGUAUUAUCAUUAACUAAUAACGUUAGAUAUCGUUGCUCGUAUUGUAUUGUAGUUGACGAAUUUGUAGUUGUAGACGCACAGUAGACUUGACUUAAUGUGCAGUUGUCAUUAUGUGUUAUUAGUAUGAUUUCCAAUAGAACGGAACAUUUUUUGUAUCGUUACGUUACACUUCGUUUAUUUUAUUUAGAAAGGAUAUAUUGGUUACACGUUUCGCUUUUUAUGACUCAAUAUGUAGACGAAAUUCUGUCGGAUUAUUCUAAUAUUUUCUAUGAAUGACCUAUUGA